AUGAUCUUCAUUGGUCUUUCUGGUGUUACCGCCUUUUUGCUAAUAGUAGCAGGUAUUGUAAACUAUUAUGCACGCAAAAAGACGACAGGUCAUAUUACACUUGCAGAUGAUGAGGCAGGCAAACUAAUGACGGAACAUACACCUACCAGCCUCAUCUUUACGGAUAUUCAUUAUGAGAUUCCAAAUAGUCAAAGGGCCAUUCUUGAUGGCGUCUCAGGGAUGGUUCAACCAGGUCAAGUGAUGGCCAUCAUGGGAGCAUCUGGUGCAGGUAAAACAACCCUUUUAGAUAUUUUAGCCAAACGUACCAAGUCUGGUAUUUCUCGAGGGGGCAUCUACUUGAACGGUCAAGAAGUGUCUGCUUCUCAUUAUAGGAAAUUAAUUGGCUAUGUAGAUCAAGAGGAAGUGAUGAUUCCUACUUUAACUGUCUAUGAAACUAUUCUCUAUUCUGCUCUCCUCAGACUACCACGUUCUAUGUCUACAGCAGCUAAAAAAUUUCGAGUCAUGGAAGUGAUGCAAGAAUUAGGUAUUGAUGCGAUUAAGGAUGCUAAGAUUGGCCAACCUGGUGCUCGUUCUAUUAGUGGUGGUGAACGACGACGUGUGGCUAUUGCAUGUGAACUCGUUACAUCUCCAUCUGUUCUUUUCUUGGAUGAACCUACAAGUGGCCUUGAUGCUUAUAAUGCCUUUAAUGUCGUUGAGUGCCUCGUAAAUCUAGCGAAAAACUAUAAACGAACAGUAGUCUUUACGAUUCAUCAACCUAGAUCUAAUAUUGUAACCCUAUUUGAUCAAUUAGUCUUACUUGCACAGGGUCAUGUUGUCUAUUCAGGUCCUCAAACAGAGGUUCAAUCUUAUUUUCAACAGAUCGGAUAUCCCUGUCCUGCUGGAUUUAAUAUUGCUGAUUAUAUGAUUGAUUUAACAAUGGGCGCUGUUCAACGUACUCCAAAUCAGCCUUCAGAGGCGGUGAAAAUAGAUAAUGUCUUUCAAGUAAAUAAGCCAGCAUUUAAUGAUGAGCUUGAGAAUACAACAGCAGAAUGGGCUUCUGAGUUAGGAGCAAGAGCAGGAGGUAGUACUGGUGCAGUUACAACAACAAGUACAACCGUCCCUAAUGUCGUGGUAGAAGAGGAAUCUCAAAAUUUGAUACUGCCCAAUUACCUGCAACAGCUCAUAGAAUUCUAUCAACAUAGUAUUAUUGCGAAUGCCUUAAAAGAAAAUAUGCAGACAACCAUUGCACAAACAUUACAAGAGAAUGGAGAUGCAUUAAGUGCAAAGAGUAUCACUAUUUAUAAGCGACCUGGAGCUUUUAUGCAAUUUCAAAUUUUGGCUGAUCGUACCUUUAAAAACCUGUAUCGAAAUCCAAUGUUGAUGUUUAGUCAUUAUGCAAUGGCUGUCAUUCUAGCAUUGGUUUGUGGUGGUUUAUUUUAUCAGGUUUCAAAUACAAUUGCAGGCUUUCAAAAUCGUAUGGGACUUUUUUUCUUUUAUGAAGCACUUUUGGGCUUCAUGUGUUUAACAUCUUUACAGGUGUUUAGUGGUGAACGUAUCUUAUUUGCUCGAGAAAGAGCCAAUGGAUAUUAUUCCCCUACAACCUACUUUUUAUCAAAGGUUCUCUUUGAUAUUAUCCCCUUAAGGGUCGUUCCACCCUUCAUGAUGGCACUUAUCUCUUAUUAUAUGGUAGGACUUGUAGAGGGUGUCUCUGAAUUUUUCAAGUUUUUGUUAGUGCUUGUAUUAUUUAAUUUGACAGCUGCCGCACUUUGUUUAGCGAUUGGAGUUGUUGUUAAGAAUUUAUCAUUAGCUAAUUUAUUAGCAUGCAUGGUGAUUUUAUUCUCAAUGUUAUUUGCAGGGCUCUUAUUAAACAAAGAUUCUAUGUCCCCUUACUUUAGUUGGCUUAAAUAUUUAUCCUUUUUUAAUUACGCGUUGGAAGCUAUGUUAGUGAACGAACUUAUUUACUUACAACUUGUGGAAGAACGCUUUGGACUCAAAAUUGACGUUCCAGGGGCUACAAUUCUGUCUACCUUUGGAUUUAAUGCUAAAAACUAUUGGCCUGAUGUGAUUCGGUUAAGUUCAAUGUUUUUAUUAUUUAUUUUUAUUGCCUAUAUCUGGCUUGUAUUGUUUGUAAAAGAAAGACGUUAA